AAAGAGAAGACGUUCAGAAGAAGACUUUCACAAAAUGGGUGAACUCACAGUUGGCUAAGACAGGGAAACCACCUGUGGACGAUCUGUUCGCAGACUUGUGUGAUGGACGACGCCUGCUGGAGCUGCUGGAGGGGCUGACAGGACACGAGCUGGUGAGGUUGGAGAGAGGAUUCACGCGUGUACACUCGCUCAACAAUGUCAACCGUGCUCUGCAGAUCUUGCAGAAGAACAACGUUGAACUGGUGAAUAUCGGAGCAUCAGACAUCGUUGAUGGGAAUCACAAACUGAUUCUCGGGCUCAUCUGGAGCAUCAUUCUCCACUGGCAGGUCAAGGAUGUGAUGAAAGAUGUGAUGGCGGGCCUACAGCAGACCAACAGUGAGAAGAUUCUGCUGAGUUGGGUUCGUCAGAACACACGCCAGUAUCCUCAGGUCAAUGUGGUUAACUUCUCCAGCAGCUGGAAUGAUGGAUUGGCCUUCAACGCCCUCAUCCACAGUCACAGACCUGAGCUUUUCGACUGGAGCUCGGUGGAGAAGCAGACGUCGACGAUCGACAGGCUGGAACACGCCUUUAAUAAGGCCGAACAACACCUGGGGAUAGAGAGGCUGCUGGACCCGGAGGACGUGGCAGUGCCUCACCCGGACAAGAAGAGCAUCAUCAUGUACGUGACGUCGCUCUUCCAGGUGUUUCCCCAAAGCGUUUCCAUGGAAGCCAUCCAGGAAGUGGAGACGCUGCCCCGAGCGAGUCCGGCGGGCGUCACCCGGGUGACAACGGAGGAGCACUACCAGAUCCAGACCCAGCAGCGCUUCUCCCAGCAGAUCACAGUGAGUGUGCUCAGGGGGAGUUCGGAGCCGUCCCCUCAGCCUCGCUAUAAAAGCUAUGCCUACACCCAGGCUGCAUAUGUCAAGUCGCCUGAGCAAAAGAGGAGGCGUUUUACUGAUCAGUUCCUGACUCCCGGCCAGGAGGAUCUGCAGCGUGGCCUCAGCCCUCUGCCUCCAGGUUCUACCAGUCUGGAGAGCUACCAGGCAGCACUGGAGGAGGUGUUGACGUGGCUGCUGUCGGCUGAAGACGGUCUCCAGGCCCAGCCUCCCAUCUCCAACCAUGUGGAGGAGGUGAAGGAGCAGUUCCACACUCAUGAGGGCUACAUGGUGGAGCUGACCACUCACCAGGGCAGUGUGGGCCGGGUGCUCCGGGCCGGCGCCGCCCUGCUGGGAGAAGGAAAUCUAAGCGAGGAGGAGGACUCGGAAGUCAGGGAGCAGAUGAACCUUUUAAACUCACGAUGGGAACACCUCCGAGUGGCCAGCAUGGAGAGACAAAGCAGACUUCAUGAGGUCCUCAUGGAGCUGCAGCACCAGCAGCUGCAGCAGCUAACGGACUGGUUGGACGUGACGGAGGCUCGAAUUAAAAGGAUGGGGGCUCAGCAGCUGGGUCCUGACCUGGAGGACGUCAAGUACCAAGUAGAGGAGCACAAGCUCCUUCAGGAGGACCUGGAACUGGAGCAGGUGAGGGUGAACUCUCUGACUCACAUGGUGGUGGUGGUGGAUGAGAGCAGUGGGGACAGCGCCACCGCUGCCUUGGAGAGCAAACUGCAGGUUCUUGGUGAUCGCUGGGCGGCCAUUUGUCGGUGGACAGAAGAACGCUGGAUUCUGCUUCAGGAGAUUCUACUGAAGUGGCAGCACUUCACCAACGAGCAGUGUUUGUUUGACUCCUGGUUGACCCAGAAGGAGGAGCUGGUUCGCUCCAUUCGGACGUCCAACCUUAAAGACCAGGCAGAGAUGGUGGCCUGCUUACGCCGUCUCGCUACGGUGAAGGCGGAUCUGGAGGUGAAGCGUCCCGCCAUGGACAAGCUGUGCUCCAUGAGCCAGGACCUGCUGUCCAGCGUCAAGAACAAAGAGGUGGCCAGCAAACUGGAGGCGAGACUGGAGAGCUUCGCCCAGCGCUGGGACCGACUGGCUCAGAGUCUGGAGAUCAGCAGCACUCAGCUGUCGUCGUCGUCCGUCGGCGCGGCCCAGCAGUCCGAGAUGACCCACUCUGUCACGGCGACCGUUACCAAGGUGACGACCAGGGAGAAGGUGGCGGCCGUGCGCCAGACCCGAGAGUCGCCGCCGCCGCAGAAGAAGAGGCAGGUGGUGGUGGAUUCCGAGCUCAGGAAAAGGUUCGACGUGGACUUUACAGAAGUCCACAGCUACAUGACCCGAGGCGAGGCCAUCCUGCAGAGCCCGGAGUUCUCGGUGUCACGCAAGGACGGCAGCAUCCAGGAGCUGUACGACAAAGUGCAGGCCAUCGAACGAGAGCGUCCGGAGAAAUACCGAAAGCUUCAGGAGGCGACACGGACAGCACAGACCCUGGUCGAGCAGGAGGGGACUCGUGCUGAUGACAUUGCACAGGCGGCAGAGCAGCUGAACCAGCGCUGGGUGGGAUUCUGUACCCUGUUGGCCGACAGGCUGGCAUGGCUGGCUUACCAGACGAAGGUGCUGGCCUUCUAUAGCUUGUAUGAGCAGUGUGAGCAGGCGGUGGACAGCAGUGAGAACUGGCUCAAAGUCCAGGCGCCUCCAGCAUCUGAACCAGAGCCGCUCAAAGUGCAGCUGGAUCGAUGCCGGGAGGAGGUGGCUCGCCUGGCGUCCCUGCAGCCCCAGGUGGACCUCCUGGAGAAGCGUCUGAAGGAGCUGAAGGAGGAGAAGGAAGGCGAGGAAGACCCUUCAGCCUUCCUGGACGCCGACAUCAACGCCUUCAAAGAGCACUACCAGAACGUCCUGGAGGACCUGAGGGCCAGAGAGAGGCGGCUGCAGCUGGUUUUGGAAAGCCUGCCCCCAGCCCGUUACAAGGAAACCAUAGCGAUGCUGUUGUCAUGGUUACAACAGUGCGAGGCCAAGCUGGCCAUCCCAUCAACAGCUGUAACGGAAUAUCCUGUCAUGGAACAGAGACUGAAUGACAUUCAGGCUCUCCAGGUGGCUAUGGCUGAACACCAGGGACAGGUGGACUAUCUGACCUCAGCUGUAGAGCAGGUCUUCCAGAAAGCUCCCCCAGACAUCAGCCAGAAAUAUCGUGCGGAGAUGGACGCAAUUACAGCACGAUGGAGACGACUGGGCUCCACGCUGAUGGACAACGCCCAGAGAGUCCAGGAGCUCAUGUCCAAACUGAUGCAGUUUGAGAAUGAUGUUAAGACUUUAAAGAAGUGGAUGGCAGACGUGGAUGUCUUCCUAAAUGAGGAAUGGCCAGCACUGGGAGACUCUGAAGCUCUGGAGAAACAGUUGGAGCAGUGCACGGCUCUGGUGAAUGACAUCCACACUAUCCAACCCAGCGUCAAUGGCAUCAAUGAAGUCGGACUGUACCUGAAGAAGGAGGCCGAGCCACCGUUUGCCAUCCACAUCCAGAAAGAACUGGACGAACUCAACGCCCAGUGGGAGAACGUCUGCAAACAGGCCUAUGCAAAGAAGUCUGCCCUAAAAGGUGGCCUUGAUAAGACCAUGGCUCUGAGAAAGGAGAUGCAGGAGAUGCAGGAGUGGAUCAACCAAGCUGAGGAGGACUACCUGGAGAGAGACUUCACUUACAAGACGCCUGAAGAGCUACGCAAGGCUGUGGAGGAGCUCAAGAGGGCGCAGGAGGAAGUCCACUCCAAGGAGCUAAAGGUCAAACUCCUGACUGACAGCGUGAACAGUUUCAUCGCCAAGGCCCCGCCCACGGCCCAUGAUGCUUUGCGCUCGGAGCUGGAUGUCCUGACGGCCAACUACCAGCGCCUGUGUAGCCGCCUGGAUGGGAAAUGUAAAACUCUUGAGGAGGUGUGGGCGUGUUGGUGUGAGCUGCUGUCCUACCUGGAGCAGGAAAACGCCUUCCUGGACCAGCUGGAGCAAAAACUGGACGAGACAGAAAACCUGCAAGGAGGAACAGAGGAGCUGCAGGAGGCGCUGGAUAGCUUAGACGUCCUUCUGCAGCACCCAGAGGACAACAGGAACCAGAUUAGAGAACUGGCCCAGACGCUGAUGGACGGCGGAGUUCUGGACGAACUGAUUCAGCAAAAACUGGACGCUUUCAACACCCGAUGGGAUGAACUUAUGGCGAGGGCAGCGCUCAGGCAGAAGGAGCUGGAGAAGAGCAUCCAGUGGGCCCGGGAGAACGACAAGGCGCUGAGGCAGAUCCAGGAAGCGUUGGCCAACACGGACCGCCACCUCACCGCCUACCUGGCUGACCACGUUGAUGCCCAGCAGAUACCGCAGGAGGCUCAGAAAAUCCAGUCUGAGCUGAGCAGCCAUGAAGUGACCCUGGAAGAUAUGAAGAAGAAGAACCAGGACAAGGACUCGCCCCAGAGGAUCAUGGGACAGAUAGACCAGACCCAGAAAAUGCUGGCAGACGUGUGGACCAAGUUCCGCCUGUUCCAGAAGCCGGCCGACUUCGAUUCUCGGCUGGCCGAGUGUGAGCGCGUGCUGGGCGGGGUCAAGGCUCAGGUGGGGCUGCUGGAGAUCCGCAGCGUGGAGCAGGACGUGGUGCAGUCGCAGCUGGAGCAGUGCAUGAAGCUGUACAAGGCGCUGAGUGAAGUGAAAGGGGAGGUGGAGACGGUGAUCAAAACGGGCCGACAGAUCGUCCAGAGGCAGCAGACGGAGCAGCCCAAAGAGCUGGACGACAGAGUGACCGCCCUGAAGCAGCUCUACAACCAGCUGGGGGCUCAGGUGACGGAGAGUAAGCUGGAGCUGGAGAAGAGUCUGAAGCUGUCGAGGAAGCUGCGUAAAGAGCUGAACGGGCUGACGGAGUGGCUCGCUGCCACCGACGCUGAGCUGACCAGGCGCUCCGCUGUGGACGGGAUGCCCAGGGACCUGGAGGCGGAGGUGGCGUGGGCUCAGUCCAUCCACGGGGAGACGGAGAAGCAUCAGCCACAGCUGCAGGCGGUGGUGGACCUCGCUGACGCCCUCAAAGCCGUGCUGCGAGGACAGGGAGGCCUGGUGGACGACAAAGUCAGCCUGCUGCGCUGCAACUGGAUCGCAGUCACAUCGAGAGCAGAGGAAUGGCUCAACCUGCUGCUGGACUACCAGCGGCAGAUGCAGAAGCUAGACGGACAAAUAGAGGAAGUGAACGGAUGGAUCGACGGAGCGGAGAAAAAGAUGGACGAGAUCGAGAGCAAGGGGCCCAACGACGCCGUGCUGAAGGUGCUGCGUGCCGAGCUGGAGCUGACCAGAGGGAAGAUGGAGGAGGUGAGGGCUCUGGCCCAGGAGCUCAUGUCCACCAGGGGGGAGAACUGCCAGGCCCAGGUGGGACCCAAAGUGGAGCAGCUCAACCAGAGAUUCGACACCAUCGGCCAGCGCAUCGCCUCUGGCCUGACGGCGGCUUCAGCCAAAGAGCUCGAACAGUACCACAGCGAAGCACAAGUCUGGCUGGAGCUCCUGGAGGAGGAAGUGAAACAGGGGGAAAACCUGAAGGAAGAGGACUUUCAAGAGGACAAGGACUGUGAGGAAGGUGCAGUGAAAGAAUUACUGUUGAAAGGAGAGAAUCUGCAGAAGAGAACCCCAGAUCAGGAAAAGAGAGAACAGAUAAGGCUGAAACAGAACCAGCUCAACAGCAAGUACAACACCGUCAAGGACCUGCGUGUCCUGAGGAACAGGAAGGCGUUGGCCAUCGCCCCCCAGUGGUACCAGUACAGGAGAAAGUCCCACGACCUGCUGGCCUGGCUGGACGACAUCCAGCGCAGCGUGGAGCAGCUUCCCGACCCCCCCGAGGGAGAGAGGGUCAAGGAAAUUGGCUCAGAGUUCGACAAGAAGAAGGAGGAGCUUAAGGAGGUGCAGGGCUUAGCCAAUCAGCUCUCAGAGGGUGGAGCCGCCAAUCUAGUGGAGCCCCGCCAACUCCAGCUCAACACACGCUGGGUUGAGGUGGAGGGCAAGUUCAUACCCUUCAAAAGACAAUGUGAAUACCUGACAGAGCUGCAGGCGUUGCUGCGUUCAGUGUCAGACACGGACUUCAAGCUGAACUCUCCUGAAUACUGGCCUGCAGCUUAUUAUAACCUGCCUCAGCAGGAGCACUGCCUGAAGGAGGUGAAAGGAAACAUCGAGCAGCUGCGAAGCCCAGUAGAGGGAGCGCUGGCCCACAGGGAGGAGAUGAUGCUGGGGGCUCGGCCUUUGAGCUGCCAAAGAAUCCAGGAGACGGCCAACCUCCUCAGCACCAACUGGGACAAACUGAACAAGCUCUACCUGGACAGACUGAAGCGUUGGCAGGACUGCAACUCAAAGUGGCAGAAGUUGGUUUCAGAUCAGAAGGCUGUGGAGGGGUGGCUGAGUGAGGCUGAGAGCACUUUGAAACUGGCGGAGAGCGGGGAUCCAGCGACGCAUCGACAACAGCUCAGGGACUUGACGGAGGCCGUACCCGUCCAGGAAGUGGUGCUGGGUAGAGUGAUCUCUGCAGGUGAGGAGAUCAGCCAGCUAAGCACACCGGACGACGCCCUGCAGCUCCGAACGCAGCUCAAAAUACUCAAGACUCGGUGGACCAACGUCUGCCAGCAGCUGAACGAGCGCAAGAGGAGGUCUGCAGAGGCGCGUACAGCAGCAGCAGAGAUGCAGGAGGACAUGGAUGCCAUGCUGGGCUGGUUGGACAGGGCGGAGGGCGUGUUGGCCACCCCAGUGCAGCCUGCAGACCCACAGCACAUCCGAGACACUCUACCUAAAGUCCAGGCACAUGUGGGGGAGCUUCCUGCCAAGAAGACAGCAGUAGAGGAUCUGAACUCCAGACACAAACAGAUAACACUUCCUGCUGACAGACAGAGGGACAUCAGGAUCAUCAACACUCGCUGGUCUCAGGUGUCCAAAGCUCUGCCUGAGCGUCAGCUGGAGAUGGAGAGACUACUAAAGGAGCUGGAGAAACUUCAGGGUCAGCUGGACGACCUGUCGGCCUGGGCAUCCAACACCAGAGCGAAGCUGGAGCAGAGCCCCGAGGAUCCACCACCCAGACUCAUCGAGGAAGUGCAAGUCAAGCAUCCAGAAGUGGAGUCGGUUUUGGACCGAGCAGAUCAGAUGUUCAAGGACACUCCUCCCGGCCAACCGAUCAUGGUGAAAUAUGGGAAGCUAAGGGAAGACUGGACAGUGAUCCUGGAGCUUUUGCAGCAGCACAAGGAGAGAAUGGCUGCUCUGCUCGUAGCCAAAAAAGCCAAUGAAGGCCUGACAGGAAGCUCCCAACCUGAAUCCGCAGCGCUGGCUCAGUUCAACAAGUCCUGGGCUGAGCUCACCGACUGGCUGACCAUGCUGGAUAACAUGGUGCAGAACAAGCGGGUGGUGGUGGCCGACCUCGACGAUAUUAACAGCAACAUCAGCCAGCUCAAGUCAUCCCUGCAGGAGAUGGACCACAGGCGCCCACUCCUGGAAAAACAAGUCACAGCAGCCCAGAACCUCAAGAACAAAACGAGCAACCAGGAGACACGCAAUGCUAUUACUGAACGCAUUGACAGGCUCCAGACUCACUGGGAAGACUCUCAGACCAAACUCUCCGACAGGAAAAAGCAGCUCCACAACAUGCUGCAGGACUCAACCAACUGGCUGGAUGCAAAGAAGAGGGUGGAUCCUCUCAUCAAACAAGCCAGCGAACGGCUGGAGUCAUGGCAGGGCAUCACGUACACGGUGGACGCACUGAAGAAGCAGAACGCUGAGCUUAAGCUCUUUGUGAAGGAGCUGCAGCAGUGGCAGGGACAGGUGGAUGAAACCAACGGUCUGGCCCACAAACUGCUAACGCUCUACGCCAACGACGACACGCACAAGGUCACCCAGGUCAACGACAACAUGGUGGCCACCUGGACGCACAUCAACAAACGUGUUUCGGACCGGGAGGCAGCCUUGGAAGCAGCUCUUAAGCUGCUGCAGCACUUUUACCUCGACCUCGAGAAGUUCCUCAACUGGCUGACGGAGGCUGAGACGACAUGCAACGUUUUAAUUGAUGCCACCAACAAGGAGCAGCCGGAAGCGGCCAGAAACCUGCUGGCUCAGUGGAGGGACCUCGAGGCAGAGAUCGACGGCCACACCGAGCUCUAUCACUCCUUGGAUGAAAACGGCCAGAGGAUCCUGAGCUCGGUGGGGGAAACUGAGGAUGGCGCUAUGCUCCGGAGACGUCUGGGCGACAUGAGCCAGCGCUGGAACGACCUGCGCAACAAGACCCUGAGCAUGAGAGCCCAUCUGGACUCUGAGAUGGCCCCCUGGAAGAGGCUCCACAUGUCGCUGCAGGAGCUCCUGAACUGGCUGAGGCUGAAAAGUCAACAGCUGGAACAAGAGCCGCCUGUAGGGGGCGACGUCCCUGCAGUGCAGACACAGCUGGACACUCAUCGGGGUUUCAGGAGGGAUGUGAGAGCGAAGGAGCCAGUUGUGAUGAAGGCUCUGGACGAUGUGGGCGUCUUUCUGUCUGAACUGCCCCGAGAAACGCCGUCACCUGAGCAGAGAGAUAUCAGCCCAGAGGAGCGUGCCCAGAACGUGGGGCGAGUCCUGCGCAAGGAGGCAGACGACGUGAUCAGCAAGUGGGACCGGCUCAACGCAGACUCCGCAGACUGGCAGAGAAGGUUGGAGCUGGCUCUGGACCGGCUGAUGGAGCUCCAGGACGCAGAGGACCUGCUGGACGGACAGCUGAGGCAGGCAGAGAUGGUGAAGGAGGCGUGGGAACCAGUGGGAGACUUGCUAUUCGACUCGCUGCCGGAGCACAUCGACAGAGUUAAGGAGUUCCAAGAAGAGAUCGCUCCCAUUCAGGAUGACGUGACGCACAUGAACCAGCUGGCGUCCACGUUUGACCCUCCUGACAUCCAGCUGUCGCCUAGCAACCUGGAACGCAUCGAAGAUCUCAACACACGCUGGAGGCUGCUCCAGGUUACCUUGGAUACAGGGGAAAACAACUCGGGCAGAAAUGGACUGGGUGAGGUGGACUUGAAGAUGUCCAUCAAAGAGCAUCUGAAGCAGCUUACUGAUGCUCACAGAGACUUUGGCCUUGUGCACGGAUCUGUAAAGAGCCCCUUUGAGCAGGGCGUCUCCCCAAACAACGUGCCCUAUUACAUCAAAGAUGAAGCUGGACCUGAGCCGGUGACUGACACACUCCACCAGACCCAGACGACAUGCUGGGACCAUCCGAAGAUGGCUGAGCUCUACCAGUCUCUGGCUGACCUGAACAAUGUUCGGUUCUCGGCCUACCGCACAGCCAUGAAGCUCAGACGCCUGCAGAAGGCUCUCUGCUUGGACCUGCUGAGCAUGCCGAUGGCGUGCGAGGUGUUCGACCAGCACGGUCUGAAGCAGAACGAGCAGCUGCUGGACAUCUCUCAGCUGGUCACCUGUCUGACCAGCCUGUACCAGCGGCUGGAGCAGAGCCACUCCCAUCUGGUCAGCGUCCCGUUGUGUGUCGACAUGUGCCUCAACUGGCUUCUCAACGUCUACGACACCGGUCGCACCGGAAAGAUUAGGACUCUGUCAUUCAAAACUGGAAUCGUCUCACUCUGUAAAGCACACCUGGAGGACAAAUACAGAUUCUUGUUCCGGCAGGUCGCCAGCGCCACGGGCUUCUGUGACCAGCGUCGCCUGGGCCUCCUCCUCCACGACUCCAUCCAGAUCCCCCGGCAGCUCGGGGAAGUCGCCUCCUUCGGCGGCUCCAACAUCGAGCCCUCCGUCCGCAGCUGCUUCCAGUUUGCCAACAACAAACCUGAGCUUGAGGCCGCGAUGUUCCUGGACUGGAUGCGUCUGGAGCCUCAGUCCAUGGUGUGGUUGCCCGUCCUUCACCGUGUCGCCGCCGCAGAAACCGCCAAACACCAGGCCAAGUGCAACAUCUGCAAGGAGUGUCCCAUCAUAGGCUUCAGAUAUCGGAGCCUCAAACAUUUCAACUAUGACAUUUGCCAAAGCUGCUUCUUCUCCGGUCGCGUUGCCAAGGGACACAAAAUGCAGUACCCCAUGGUGGAGUACUGCACCCCGACCACAUCGGGGGAGGACGUCAGAGACUUCGCCAAGGUGCUGAAGAACAAGUUCAGGACCAAGCGCUACUUCGCCAAACAUCCACGAAUGGGCUACCUGCCCGUCCAGACCAUCCUGGAGGGAGACAACAUGGAAACUCCUGUCACUCUGAUCAACUUCUGGCCCGUAGACCAUGCGCCCGGCUCGUCACCUCAGCUCUCACAUGACGACACACACACUCGGAUCGAGCACUACGCCAACCGGUUAGCAGAAAUGGAGAAUCGUAAUGGCUCUUUUCUGAAUGACAGUAUCUCACCCAAUGAGAGCAUCGAUGACGAGCACAUGUUGAUCCAGCACUACUGCCAGUCUCUGAACCAAGGCUCUCCCCUCAGCCAGCCCCGCAGUCCCGCCCAGAUCCUCAUCUCCAUGGAAACGGAGGAGAAGGGAGAGCUGGAGAGGGUCCUGAAUGACCUGGAGCAGGAGAACAGGAAGCUACAAGCCGAGUACGACCGUCUGAAGAAGGCCCACGACAGGAAGGGUCUGUCGCCGCUGCCGUCGCCCCCGGAGAUGCUUCCGGUGUCGCCGCAGAGCGCACGCGACGCCGAGCUCAUUGCCGAGGCCAAGCUGCUCCGGCAACACAAAGGUCGUCUGGAGGCCCGGAUGCAGAUCCUGGAAGACCACAACAAACAGCUGGAGUCACAACUGCACCGGCUGAGACAGCUGCUGGAGCAGACUGACUCCAAGGUGAACGGCACAGCGUUGUCCUCUCCCUCCACCUCCUCUCAGCGCUCCGACUCUUCCCUUCCUCUGCUACGUGUGGCCGCCAGCCAGACUACUGAUACGAUGGGUGACGACGAGCUGUCCAGCCCCUCUCAAGACACAUCAGGGCUGGAGGAAGUGAUGGAGCAGCUCAACAAUUCUUUCCCUCACAGCCAGGGCGGGAGAAGGGGACACCCAUGAGAGGUCCAAACAUCGGCAGUUUGUUCCACAUGGCCGACGAUCUGGGCCGCGCCAUGGAGUCACUGGUCAGCGUGAUGACGGACGAGCAGAGCGCCGAACAGCACGAGGCCCUGCUCUUCUGAUCCCGCCUUACAAGCAUCAUCUCCCCCGUCCUCUGUCCCUAACCUUCCUCCUCGCCCCCCUCCACCUGUCGCAUGCUUUUCUAGUCAAACAACUGGAUUGGAAACAGUUUACAAAGAGAAUAUAUAAUGUCUAUUUUUGUGAAGGAUUGCGGUUCCAGCAACGACACGUAAGAAAACAGAACAUUAUAACUUGUAGAUUUCAGUAGUUUCUUAAAACGUCUUGAAGUUGUUUUAUUAUUAACAGAGGCUGGUUUUUAAACUUCUAUGCAAUUGUAUAAAAAUAAGAGUGGGGUUUGGAGCGGGCGGGGGGGGCGAAGAUACAAUUAAGUGUGUUCACUGUAGUCAUAUUUGCCAUCUCUUUGUAAUUGGGAUAACAGCUAAAGCAUUUCAGACAUUUGUAUCAAAAAAACCUACAGAUUUUGAUUAUAAGGGUGCUUUCUAAGAGGAAGAGUCUUUCUGUAACAGCGUACACUACUGUCAAGGUAAUGCAGGCAUCCUGGAUCUUUACAGUACGUUGUCUUUAAGACUGUGCGUGUGUGGUGCCUAAUUUCCAUAUUACAUUAGAUCCUUUUGAUUUCCUCAUCCGUCCAUCCAUUCAUCGUAUUUGUUUUCAGCGCAGUGUACUGUGUGCACAAACGUUCGCUUUACGAGGCCCUAUUUAGAACUUGGAUGAGCUGGCAAAGUCAUAAAAUAACGAGGCUAAAUUUACAUAAUUACUGGAAUUGAAACCAAAAACAAGACAUGUAUUCCAGGGUCCCUCUAGUGAGACAGUGUUGCACCUCUAUAAGAGAUUUUUUUUAAAGAACAGGAAAAUCUGAAGCAGCAGAGGCCGAGAUAUCUUGAGUUCUAGCAGCUAGUGGGAUUUAUGAUCUAAAAACCCUGGAUUCUAUGUUUCCCACAAUGCAACUUUAGCCGUUUUAUAGCACAAACUUUCUUCUAAAUGUCUCCAAGCUCAUGUUAAAUGACCCUGCUGAUGUCGCUGUUCGAUCAUCAGGGUGAUUUUGUCAAUAAAGGGAAGCUCCUUUAUGCAUCAGCUGUAAUAUACAGGGUGUUCCUAAAGUUUGGAUACACCGGAAAUCUCAUUAAUUAUAAGUUUGUUGCCUCCACAGAUUAAAUAUGACAUUGUCAAAAAAAAGAAAGACUUGAACUUUUCAGUGGACGUGAAGGAUGGAUGUAUGGAAAGGUAGGGUUGGGGUUGCAGUUAGGGUAGAGUUAAGGAAGGGGUUGUCCAGAAUGGGGUUUGUUUAUGACACUGUGUGCUUCUUCAAACUUUUUAACCACCAAGCCAAGUGGAAUCCUCCUUGGAUGAUGUGUAAUAAAUUCAGCUAGCUUAUUUCUAAUAUAUACAGGGUGUCCCUCAAGUCUGGACACAGGAAAUCGUGAAGGAUGGACAUAUGGAAAGGUAGCAGAUGAAUUUAAUGCAGGUCAUCCGAGGACGAUUCCACUUGGCUUUUCUACGGUGUCGAAGAUGGUUAAAAAGUCUUUAAAAAACGGGCAGUGUCAUGGAGAAACCCCGUUCUGGACGACCAAAUGUAUCAGCCGAAAUGAAAGGAGUGGUCAUGGCUAAAAUUCAUGCUAGCACCCAAAAAAAUCCCUUCCCUUACCCAGUGGUUCUCAGACCGCAUCAUCAAGUACGCUAGCAUUCCAAUUACGAAGCAUUAUAUGUAGUCUGUACUUCCAAGCGAGUACGCAGGUACGGACGUAAGUACAAACUUGUGUACUUGGCAUUGAGAAACGUCCAGCGCAGUUUCAGUAUUGUUGUGUGCCGCAAACACAGGCCGACGUUAAGACAAUAGUUCAGCUAAUUUUUUCCUUGUAGACGGAUCUUUUCCUCCCAGUCACUCAACUCUUUCUAUAAAGCCAUAUUUAGCCUGUGGAACCAAAAAGAAAAACUAUAGUUCAUGAGAUUUUCCUGUGUCCAGACUUUAGGGACACUCCGUAUAACACUUAAUCUUUAAAGGACCCUAUGGACUGCAAGGAUGUUUUUAAAAGUGGCUCCCUAUUUGUAUGUGAACACAGACACACCUCACCAUAUAUUAAUGCUCUUCUACUGAUGAAAUAAAUGUAGCAAUGCACAAAAAAAGGCAUUGAUUGAAUAAAAUGCUUUGUAGCUGUUAUUGGAUUUAUGAAAAAAAGAUUUCCUUCAAAAGUCGGUUUUGCAAACGAAGACGUGUUCUUUGUUCGCCGUCUAAAAUUUACUACAAUAUAUUUUUGCAAAAAAGGUGAAUGUAAACAUAAUUGUGUUGACAAAAAAGGACAGUGCAGCUUUAAAGGGUAACUUAAAAACUGAAGAGGUGGUUGGAGGUGAAAACACACCCCAUAGUGAUGUCACAAAGUCGUGGAGUUAUUCCUCUUUCAGUGGGUAGAGCGGUAUGAUGUGGAUUAUUUAGCAUCAUGUCGCACUACGCCAACCCAUUCUGGCUGCACCGCACCAUCAUUUAGCUGUUAGUAUUUCUUUCAACCAAUCACAGUCGUCAUGGGCGGGGCCAAGCACAGGAUGCAGCUAAUCGACAAGAGGCCUGAUAAUAGAGCAUAAUAUAGUAUGUAAGGGUCCUUAGACAAAGAAAUGCUGAUAAGGAACCAAAAAACAUGAGUUGUAGGGGAGCACAAUUACAAGAAAGCCAAUCCCAUCCAGCAGAUGUUCAGGCAAUGAGACACUUUCGGUACAGUUUCACUUAUUUGUUGCCUUUCUAAUUUAAGGUCAAAAAUAAUCUUAUUUUAGGUCUCAUUAUGGUACAGAUGUGUACAUUAGGAAUGUAUCACAACACUGAGGUGAAAGCGGUGAGAGGACAAUAAAAAUAGGGGAAUCGUGAUAUGAAUGUUGAUCAGAAUCAUUUAGUUUUUGGUCACCAGGGCAGUAAACUCCUCUGAUUGCAAAAACAAAUCUAAUUAACAUGAAUAAAAAUGGGAGUUUUCGUGGAAAAUAAAUUGUCUGGGUGACUCCAAACUUUUGAACAGCAAACUUGACCUCCUCCAGUUUGGUCUAUUUUCUGUGGCCAUCGUUUGGCUAUUUUAUCCAAAGUUGUUUAAAUCAAUCCACUGGACUUUAAGAAAGUUCCUUGAAGACGUUUCACCUCUCAUCCAAGAGGCUUCUUCAGUUCUGGUGGUGGUUGGUGUUGCCUCAGCUUUUAAACCUCUGUGAGGUGUGUCCAGGGCUGUUGUCUGACUACUCAACGAUGGUCGUUGUGAGUAUCGGUGGGGGUCGUUGAAAUGCAGAUGACAUCGUUGAGUAGUCAGAUGAGUUUUGGUAUCGGUCCUUGGAAUAAUAGCCCUGGACAGACCUUACAGAGGUUUAAAAGCUGAGGCAACACCAACCACCACCAGAACUGAAGAAGCCUCUUGGAUGAGAGGUGAAACGUCUUCAAGGAACUUUCUUAAGUGGAUUGAUUUAAACUACUUUGGAUAACCAUGACCUGGAUGAAUGAGAACCUACACGGACACGUUUGGCUAUUUUCUUUUAAAGAAAAACAAACAAGCGGUCAUCAAAGAUUAAAAUUUGAUUUUUUUUUAGAGUCAUAUUCGAAUAAAGCUGCCAGUAUUCAGUGUUUUUAAAAGAAAGGUGAUCCUCUUUGUUGCGCUGACUUCAAUUUUUAUCCCUAAAAUGCUUUCUGGUGUCCAUCCAUGGCCUGUUGGGGGAACACAGUACACUGUGCACGAGUUUAUCAGGCGACAGUUUCUCCCUGUCAGCACUACUGCAAGAGGAAGAAUGUUAUUUAAAUCAGAAUCUGAGCACUCCAGUGUUCCAGGGCUGCUAGUUAUGUGUGAGGAUUUCUUCUGUGUGAUUACAACCCAGAGUUGUGUGUGUUUUCAGAGGCCCGGUAACCGAAGCUCUACCUCGUCAUUCAGAGGCAGUUUGUCUGCUGUACUCAGUCUCAUAUUGUGGAUUAUUGAUCGAUUGAUUGAUUGAAUCAGGAUAUUGUAAUUGCUCUGAAGACGUUCUCUGCACUGUAGGAGCCUCCAGACUGAAUGUCCGAAUGCAUCCGCUGCAUUUCUUCAUAUGAAUCGAGCAUAAAAACACAAAUCUGACGAAUCCGUGUGCACUACUGUAAACCUGGGACAUACUAGAUCUUUGUUUUCUGUGUGGAGAAAGUCUUUCUUCUAGCAGCGUUUCGUGUUUUGGUUUAAAAGCGGUUUGGUUUUGUGCUGUGUGAGGUGUUCUGAUAUUAGCAUGUGCGACUAAAUCCAUCCUCAUUUGGCGUGGAACCACUCGUGUUCGGCCUCCGUUGUUUUUUUGUUUUUUUUUUGCAGCAUGACCCGACAGGUUUUUAGUUUUGAUCAGACACUGAAUUUUGAUUUUAUUUCUUGAUCAAUUCUAACGUUUGUGUUUCAUUCUCAUGUCAUGUUUCAAGUAACGCGUCAAUACUCCACAACAUAUCAGAUUCCACCAAAUAUAUGCCUUAUUACUGUAUUAUAAACUGCUUUACUGUAAAUCAAUAAAGCACGCAGUUAUGUUGAUUUGA